CUCCCACUCUCUGUAUAUAAAGGGGCAAGGUGUGAUUGACAAGGAAGAUGCAACAAAACGUGAGUCUCACUGAGAGGAUAAUAUUCUUCCGGCAACUCCAAAACGUUUCGUUUUGAAAGGCUGAUAUAGGAUGGUUGAUGGAAACAAUUUGAAGAGUUUCAGAAAAUUAUUAGCUGCAGCUUUCAUGACCUUUCCCAUUUUGAUCAUACUUUUUUGCAUAUAUCAAAACUCAAUCUUUGAAGGUCCAAAGAAUAAUCCAUUUGAAGAUGUGAAGGAUAAUCAAUUUCUAUCUAAAAUCCCUGAUGACAAACUUCUCGGUGGACUUUUAGUUUCCUCAUUUGGUGAAGCAUCGUGCAUUAGUAGGUUUGAAUCUUACUUGUACCGGAAAACUUCUUCUUACAAACCUUCUAAAUAUUUGAUAUCUAAGCUACGAAACUAUGAGCAUCUUCAUCAAAUUUGUGGACCUUAUACUAAAUCUUACAAUGAAACCAUGAAAGAAGGUGCACAAUUUGGAAAACAUGAUGUUGAUUCAAGAUGUAAAUAUGUUAUAUGGAUAGCCGCAAAUGGCUUAGGGAACAGGAUGCUAUCCAUGGUUUCAACAUUUCUUUAUGCAAUUCUUACAGGCCGCCUUCUUAUUGUUAGAUUUGACAAUGAUAUGUCGAAUCUCUUUUGCGAGCCAUUUCCUAAUUCUUCAUGGUUGUUGCCCAAAAACUCUCCUUUUUCAAAUAAUUUGAAACAAUUUAAAACAUUUGAAAGCAUGCUUACAAAUAACAAGAAAAACAAUUCAGAAGAGCUCUUGCCAUCAAUUGUUUUUCUUACUUUAAUGAACUACAAUCUUGGUGAUACUCGUUUUCAUUGUGAUCAAAAUCAAGAUCUUCUUCAAAAAAUUCCUAUAUUGAUUUUACAGGCAGAUCAAUAUUUUGCCCCUACUUUUUUUAUGAUAUCCUCUUUUAGACAAGAUUUAAACAAAAUGUUCCCAGAUAAAGAUACUAUUUUUCACCAUCUAGGACGCUACCUUUUUCACCCAUCAAAUGAGGUUUGGGAAGGAAUUCGAAAAUAUUAUGAGACACACCUAGGCAAAGAAAAUGAGAAGAUUGGCGUACAAAUUAGAGUAUUUAAUGCCGAGCAAACACCAGAAAUCAUUAUCAGUGAAACUAUAUCUUGCAUCCAUCAAAAUAAGUUGCUGACAAAAUUCAACAUGCAGAGCUCAAUGAAUCCUCCUUUGGAAAAAAAUACCUCAAAAGUUGUUCUAGUGGUUUCUUUAUACUCAAAAUAUGGUGAGAGUCUAAAGAGUAUAUAUGAAAGUAAUACAAGUUUGAGCAGUGGAGUAAUAAAAGUGUAUCAGCCAAGUCACGAAGAGAAUCAAAAGUUAGGAGAUAACAUGCACAACAUCAAGGCAUGGAUCGAAAUAUAUUUGUUGGGUUUGUGUGAUGCAUUGGUUACAAGUUCUUGGUCCACUUUUGGGUACGUUGCUAAUGGUCUUGCAGGUUUGAAGCCAUUGAUUUUGCAAAAUGUACAUGGAAAAAUUGUCCCAAAUCCACCUUGUCAACAAAACAAUUUGGAACCUUGUCUCCAUAUUCCUCCAAAGUAUGAUUGUCGGACUAAUACCCCGUUCAAUGAUACUUUUACUUUUUAUAAUACGAAACACUGCGAAGAUUAUCCCGGAGGAAUAAAGAUAAUUAAUAUGUAUGACUAAAUGACAAAUAAUUUACAUAAUCUUGAUCGUUAUUGUUUUAAUGUAA